AUGGGGGGCGCGGGGGUCCCGGGCCGCCUCCUCCUGCGGGCCCUCCUGGUGCUGCUGGGGCUGCGCACGCCGCCGCCGGCCCGCUCGGCCCGCCCCGAGGCUGUGGUGGUGGUGGUUCCCCGGAAGGUGACCCCCCGAGGCCGGGCCGGGGAGGCCGACGUGCCCGGGGCGCUCUCCUACGUCCUGCCUGUGGACGGCCAAAGCCGCCUGCUCCACCUGCGCCCCAAGAAGCUGCUGCUGGCCCCCCGUCUGCCCGUCUUCACCUACACCGACCGCGGGGCCCUGACCGUGGACCAGCCCUUCGUCCCCGACGACUGCUACUACCACGGCUUCGUCGAGGGGACCCCGGAAUCCCUGGUGGCCCUCAGCACGUGCGCUGGCGGCCUGCGCGGGAUGCUGCAGCUGGGCCCCCUCGUCUACGAGAUCGAGCCCCUCCCGGCCUCGGCCGGCUUCGAGCACGUGCUCUCCCGGACAAGGGCGGGGGAGCCGUCCCCGAUGAAGUGUGGCCUGACGGACGACCGCCUGCGAAGCCUGCGCUUUCCCGGCCGGCGGGACGGCAACGUGACCCCGAGACAGGGCCCCACGGACGGCUGGUGGACCCACAGCCGCUUCCUGGAGCUGGCCGUAGUGGUGGACCACGGCCGCUUCGUCUACUCGCGGCGGAACGUGACGAAGGUGCAGGAGGACGUGGUGAACGUGGUGAACGUGGUGGAUUCCCUCUACCGGCUGCUCAACCUGAAGAUCUCGCUGGUGGGCAUCGAGAUCUGGACGCAGCGGAACCUGGUGGACACGGGCGCCAGCCUCUACGAUGUGCUCACGGACUUCAGCCUGUGGAAGCUGGACCGCCUCUACGACCGCCUGCCUCACGACUGCGCCCACCUCCUCGUCGGCCGCAGGUUCUCCGACCUGGUGGGCCUGGCCUUCGUAGGCGGCAUCUGCGACCCUCGGGCCGGCUCCGCUGUGGAGGCGUUCACCCGGGACCAGCUGCUCCCCCUGGCCCGCACGGUGGCCCACGAGCUGGGCCACAACCUGGGCAUGGUCCACGACGCCGGCUCCUGCUCCUGCCGCCGCAAACUAUGCAUCAUGCACGCCUUCCUCUCCGACGCCGGCGUCUUCAGCAACUGCAGCUACCGCGAGUACUUCUCCACCAUCACGCAGGGGGGGCUCUGCCUGCUUGACGCCCCGCCGGCCAAGGCCCUCUUCCGCCUGGAGCGCUGUGGGAACCGAGCGGUGGAGCGGGGGGAGCAGUGCGACUGCGGGACCCCCACGGAGUGCAAGUGGGAUCUCUGCUGCCGGACCGACUGCCGGCUGAAGGCCGGGGCGGACUGCGCUUCGGGGCCCUGCUGCAGCGCCUGCAAGAUCGCCCCGGCCGGGAAGCUCUGCCGCCCACAGGCCAGCGAGUGCGACCUCCCGGAGUGGUGCGACGGCACCUCGGCCGGCUGCCCGGAGGACGUGUUCAAGCAGGACGGGACCCCGUGCGGCCGGGACGCCCGCUGCUACCGGAGGCGAUGUGGCGACCGGGACGGCCAGUGCCGGGCCCUGUUCGGGCCGGAGGCCCGCGGCGGGCCCCGGGCCUGCUAUGAGGAGGUGAACACCCGCGGGGACCGCUUCGGCCACUGCGGCCUCCAGAACUGGCACUACCACAAGUGCCGGGGGGACGACGUCCUGUGCGGGAGGGUCCAGUGCCAGGACGUCCGGCGGCUCCCAGUGCUGGCCGACCACACCACCGUGGUCCAGACGGCCCUGGAUGGCGUCACGUGCUGGGGCACCGACUACCACGUAGGGAUGGGCGGUGCCGACGUUGGGGACGUCAAGGACGGCAGCGCCUGUGGGCCGGGCACGAUCUGCAUUGGCGGGCGUUGCGUCGGCCUGUCGGCCCUACGCUACGACUGCGAGGCCGAGAGGUGCCACUCCAGGGGGGUGUGCAACAGCAAGAGGCACUGCCACUGCCACUUCGGCUGGGCCCCGCCCCGCUGCGCCACCCGGGGCUUCGGCGGCAGCAUCGACAGCGGCCCCGCCGCCCCGGACCGCCUGCUGCCCACCAUCUGCCUCAUCCUCUACACGCUGGCCGUCUUUGCCCUCUUCUUCUUCGGGACAGUGUUUCACCCGUCCCUCAGGAUGCCGCUUGGGCCCCGGCCGGGCCGGGGCGACCGCGGGCGGGAGGCCGGGCGACCCGGCUGGAGAAGCUAUCUGGGGAGGGUGGUUCGCCUCUAGACGGUAGUUGGGUUGUCCGGAGGUAGGCCCUGAGGCGGGCAGGACGGGAUGGGGGGAUUUUCCGUCUCGCCCCGGACGAGGUGCGAGCGAGCCGGAGGGGUCGGCGGUCUCCUUUUCGAAGAACGCCCUCCCCGGCACGGUCUCCUCCUUUGGUGGUGGAGCGGAAGAUUUGGGCCCCGAGCCGACACGUCGACGCCACCUGGCUGAGAUCUCCUCUGGGUGCCCUUCUCCCUCCUCGGCCGCCUAGGGGUGGAGAGUCGGAGGGACCCACCCCGGGGCAGACCGCUCCCCGCCAGGAGCCAAAGGACAGCAGCGGCUUUUCUCUGUUGGGCCCUGCUCAGCCAGGACUCGUCCGAGAAGUCGCUCUCUUGGACUCACCCUCUCCCAUCUGCAACCGAGAGACGGUUAAAUGCCACUCGUAGCUCACGGGGCCAUGGCAAUCAUUCCGUUUGAAUAAAA